UCUCUCCCCAUCCGCUGCAUAUCUGGCUGCUGUAGAUAAAGCGUACUCCCCCCCUCCGCGCUGCCGCGAUUCACCAGCAGUAUUCUGCAGACAUGGAGGUGGUCAACCAGCUGGUGGCAGGGGGGCAAUUUCGUAUAGUGAAAGAACCACUGGGAUUUAUCAAAAUUCUGGAGUGGCUGUUUUCUAUCUUUGCCUUCGCAACAUGUGGAAGUUAUUCUGGAGAGUUCACUAUGAGCAUUGAAUGUAGCAACAAAACUGAGAGCAAGCCGAAUGUUAAAGUGGACUUUGAAUAUCCAUUUAAGCUGCACCAGGAGUAUUUUGAUUUUCCAACAUGCCGUGGUUCUACAAGCAAGGUGUUUCUGGUCGGGGAUUACUCCUCCUCUGCUGAGUUUUUUGUCACAGUGGCAGUGUUCGCCUUUCUGUACUCACUUGGCGCCCUUGUCACAUACAUAUUCCUACAGACCAAAUACCGUGAGAACAACAAAGGACCCAUGAUUGACUGUAUAGUGACAGCCGUAUUUGCCUUUUUGUGGCUGGUAAGUUCGAGUGCAUGGGCGAAGGGCUUGUCUGACAUUAAGCUUGCUACUGACCCUGAGCUGAUUAAGGAUCAGAUACCAGCGUGCCUGGUCCCAGAGAACAAGUGUCAAGAAGUCCGGGAUCCUGUUACGUCCGGGUUGAAUACCUCAGUGGCUUUUGGAUUUCUCAACUGCAUAAUCUGGCUGGGAAACCUCUGGUUUGUAUUCAAAGAAACGGGCUGGACAGCUCCAUUCAUGAAGUACCCACCACCAGCCCAGGAGAAACAGCCCGCUCCAGACUCCUACAGCCAGAGCCAGGGCCAGGGCCAGGGCCAGGGCCAAGGCUACGGCCAGCAGGACACUUACGCACAGCAAGGAGGUUACCAACCCGACUACUACGGUCAGCAGCCUGAAUACAACCAACAAGGGUACAGUCAAGGGACAUACAGCCAGCAAGGUGUCCCAACCUCUUUCUCCAACCAGAUGUGAGCUGGGUUCUCCGCGGCUGAUCAGUGAGCUCAGGCUGCAGGUUGUGAUAUUCUGAUGUGCAGUGACGCAGCCCAGCUGCCAGAGUGAAUAUUAAUGGGAGAAUGUCGUGUCCGUGAUGUUUAUAUAAUAUAUAAUAUAUAUAUAUUUAAUGAUAUAUCUGUACCAAAACACAGGAAAAUCCCAUCUCAUUCUACCAGAGACUGUCUUCCUGCAGAGCAUUGCUGUGUAAUCCCUUUCCUGUCUUUGCCAGAACCCUGCAGAGCAUUGCUACGUAACCCUUUUCCUACCAGAGUUCCGCAGAACACCCCUGUCAAUCUCUUUUCCCUGUCAGGUGGGCCGGUCUGCAGCGCUUUAUGAUAUUACCCCCCUCCGUGAGUAAACACAGUAUUGUGACGUUAGAGAGUGAGAUUAACUAAUUAUCCAUUAGCCCUUCUGGCAGGGAAAUGACUUUUCAGGGCUGUUAGUCAUAAUGCACCGUUUUUAAGCUUCUGGUUAGUUUUAGAUUUCCUUUAGCAAUCCGUGAUGUCUGCACUUUACAAUGCAUUGUAGGCCCCUAUUGCACAAUAACGGGAUUGACGCAGAAUUUAAUACUGUAAAGAUUGCCAUUGUGCCCUGUGUAGUAUGGGUGGGCUGAGUUGCCGCUAGCAAUGUAAAUCAAAUCCAGCUACAGAGUUAAUUAGGAGAGUGACCUACGGGUAAUCCUUGUGCACUCUGGAGUACUAUAUACCCCCUUCUUCCCUCACCCAGCGUCAUUACUGCCUGCUUCUUAUGCACAUCAGCUCCCAAAUCGCCCGUGCCCGGUACCCCUUUGUGCUGUAUAUUGUGUUUGUGACACUAAAGUUGCGUGUUGUAAUCCUGACUGGAAAAUAAAGACAGGCUGGAACAAA